UUGUGUAUCUAGCAAAGGUUGAUAAAGUUAAAAUUCUCUAAAAGUGUUUGCACCCGCAUAAAAUAUUAUCAUAUCGGUCCAUCACUAAAUCACUGACAUCCCUAAAGCCAAAAGCCGUUGUUGUAAACAUUAUUUUCGGCAUAUAAACAAUAAUUAGUUGCUAACCAUGAACACAUGCUUCUUUUGUGGUGCCGUGGACUUACACGGCACUGCAAAAUAUAAAAUGCUAUCAUCAAAAGUACCGUCGUCGCAGAAGUCUGUGUCUCUGGUGCUAACUCAUCUGGCCAGCUGCAUGAAAACGGAUAUGAGUCUGAAGUCAGAUACAAAACUAUGCCCUAGGUGUUUUAACGAACUCGCCGAAUAUGACACUAUAAUGGUCAACCUAAUGGUAACCCAAAAGAAACUUACUACACAAUUAAGGGCUGCACUAAAAUCCGAGUACGAGGAAGAUUCCUUAGUUGAGGGUAUAGAUAAAAGUGCUGAAGAAGAUGCCGAAGCUGAAUCUUUAUUUGCCGAGCUGGUUAAGGAAGAGGACGCCUCAGGGAUGGAUAUUAAAGAGGAGUACGAAGACGACGAUUUCGAUGAGGAUGACGACGACGAUGAUGAUGAUCAGGAGUUCCUUUGCGAAGUUAAACCCGAAUCGGUGUCCGUGAAGCUCGAGGAAGGCUCCGAUAAUCAAGGGAAAUUCAUUGCAAAGCGUUCCAAACAGGAAUGCAGCACAUGUGGCAAAUCCUUCAAUGCACGCUAUCAAUUGCAGAAGCACAUCAAUGAGGAGCACUCCAAGACACAUGCUCACGUCUGUCCCAUUUGCGGUGUCAUUCGACGCGAUGAGGAGUACUUGGAACUGCACAUGAAUGUCCACGAGGGCAAGACUGAGAAGCAAUGCCGUUACUGCCCCAAGAGCUUCUCCCGUCCAGUUAACACGCUGCGACACAUGCGCAUGCACUGGGACAAAAAGAAAUAUCAAUGCGAAAAGUGCGGACUACGUUUCUCCCAGGACAAUCUCCUGUACAACCAUCGACUACGCCACGAAGCCGAAGAGAAUCCCAUCAUAUGCAGCAUCUGCAAUGUAUCAUUUAAAUCGCGCAAAACCUUUAAUCAUCACACGUUGAUACAUAAGGAGAAUCGACCCAGACAUUAUUGUACCGUCUGUCCAAAAUCAUUCACAGAACGUUAUACACUCAAAAUGCAUAUGAAGACACACGAUGGCGACGUUGUCUACGGCGUACGAGAGGAGGUGCCGACGGAUGAUCAAGUGGUCGAGGAGCUGCAGGUCGAUGUGGAUGAAUCUGAACAGGCCGUAACCGUGAUAAUGUCCGACAACGAUGACAAUUCCGGAUUCUGUCUCAUAUGUAGCACUAACUUUGAGAAUAAAAAAGAACUGGAGCAUCACUUGCAAUUCGAUCACGACGUUGUCUUAAAGUGAAUGAACCUACAAUUCAAAAACCUAAGCAGACACAUAUUCAUAAUUUAUAGAGACUUCAAUUAAACUAAACGCUAUUCUGAAUCGCUGCACAUUUUUAUAAAAAAUCUUUCUUUGUAUAAAACAUGGCAUAAUGCAAAUAAACGUAGUUGGAC